AGAACCCUAUAUCCCUAGCCAGCAGAGCCCAUGAGUAAUGAAGAUAUGAGGGAGUGGGUCUCCAUUAGGUCAAUCCCCUGCCCAGCCAUUUCCCCCAAAAAACUAACUGAAAAUAGAGCAGCCAUCUUGACUGGCUCCACCUGCGAUGAAAUGGUAGAAUCCAUGAGAAAAUGGGUGCUUGCCUUAGAAAUAGGGACUUACAGCCAGUCCCAGCCACACCCACAGCCUAGGCUGAGAAGGCAAGAAAACUAAUAGGAAGUAUCCUCACCAGGCCUGUUUUCCCAUUUGUGUCAUUUGCCUGACUGGGGAUGGGGGGAGGUCCAGGUUUAACUUGAAUGUGGUGGUCAUGGUAGCUUCUUGGCAGAAGGGGUGCCUGCCAUUGACCAGAGGUGGGAAAUUGAAGGACAGUCUGGGAGUUGGAUUUCUCCCAUGUGGUGAGAAUUACUUUGGCAGCUCAAGAGAAUGGAGGCUGAGGUUUCCAGGACUUUUCUUCAUGGCCACCUUAUGAUCCCAAGUUGACACCACAGCCCCACCCAGUUAAGAAGAGGAGGAAUGGGAAAGGGCUGGGGCUGCCCUGUAUUAAGAGCCCUCUAGAUGGCCCACCCACAACCUCUACUGCCCUCUCAUUAGUCAGGACUGUGCAUGAGGUUGCCAUAGCUGCAAGGGAGCCUGGGAAAUGUGUAGCUUGACAGGCAGCAGCCUCCAGUCAGGGGCUCUCUUCCCUGACAGAAUGACCCUUCCUCUCUGUCAGUGUCCUCUUUUCUCCCAACCUACCAAAAAACAGCUGAGGCAGCACAGCCUCAAGAGCUUUGCCAUCCUGGUCAAAAUCACCCCCACCCCCACCUCCCUACACACACACACACACACACCACAGGAGGCGCUGCAGGGACACAGGGAGGUCUGGCUGCCGUCUGCACACCCCUAGAGGCCGCUGUGGCACCCACAUGUCUGCACGCAAGCCACCUUUGGGGCACGACCCCGUGCUCCCCCAGGGGGCAGGGUCACCGCGUUGCGGGGGUGGGGGGGGGCCGGCCUGAGGAGCCGAGGGAGGGCCACUGCACAAAGCCACUCCCCCACCCGCUGCCUGUGGGCCCCCGGAGAGCAGCAUCGCCCCCCGCCAGGCCUGUCAGAGCGUCCCAGCGCACCAUCCUCACGGACACAGGUGAGCGAGGCGCCCGUGCCCCGGCCCCCGCCAGGUCUGGGAGUCUUCCCCACGCCGGCUUUGAGGGACACUCCCCCAAGCGCCAAGCCUUCAGGCGAGCGGCUCCUCAGGCAUGUCGGCGCUGGGCUGGAAGCCGGGCCGCCUCACCCGCAGUCGGGAUGGGUCUCGACGGGACGCCUAGGCUACGCUGCUCACACCGAGCCCGAAGUGGAGUCCUGGUUUCAGGGAACCCUCUGCACUCUGAGUUUUGCACCUCACCCGGCCUCAUCCGGGAAAGCGCGACUUGGUGAGGCCAACCUAACCCCGGGUCCCGACCCCUCAGCGCGCCGGCCUGGGUGAGCUGGGCAAACCCCCAUAACCUGGUCCCAGCGGCUCCGAGCACGUGGCCACCGGGACCUGCCAGAGGCUCCACACCACUUAAAAUGACCGAGAGGAGCCAGGACCCCCGGCCGGUCCCCUCGGCACGCACCUCUGCGCCUCGCGGCUCCUCCCCGAGAGCCGGGCUUUGGGGACCAGGGCCGUGGUCUCCCGACGCGUCGCGGGGACUGGGCGAGUGUGGCCCCGACCCGCCGGGAACCUGGGGUGGAAGCUGUGCUUGGCCGCUUGGUCCGGUCCCGGGUUCCCCUUCCUCACCGUUGGUAACCCCAGACUCCAGCCGCUUGGACCCCGAUUUAGGAGGCAGCCUCAAAUCCGCCUCUGCCUCCUGACCCAUCCCUAAAUAUGGCCAGGCGCGGUGGCUCACGCCUGUAAUCCCAGCACUUUGGAAGGCCGAGGCAGGUGGAUCACCAGCCUGACCAACAUGGUAAAGCCCCAUCUCUAUUAAAAAUACAAAAAUUAUCCAGGCAUGGUGGUGCACGCCUGUAAUCCCAGCUACUCGGGAGGCUGAGGCAGGAGAAUCGCGUGAACCCGGGAGGCAGAGGUUGCUGUGAGCCGAGAUCGCGCCACUGCACUCCAGCCUGGGUGACAGAGCGAGCGAGACUCCGUCUCAAAAAAAAAAAAAGAUGGCCGACACUCCUACAGGACCCCCAGAAGCCUAACUCUACCUCCAUGUGCGCUGCCGCCUCGCCCCUCCCCCGUCCUCCAGGUCUUCUUCCUGUCCCCAACCGUCGGAGAUCCCCAAAGCUCCGUCCUCCGCUUCCUGCUCUCCUCAUCCCGUCCCCACCCCUCCUUCUGGGCCAGCGCCGCCAGUGACCAUUCCCAGGGAUACUUUAGAGCUUGAGGACGCCUCAGCCUCAUCCCUAUUUGGGUCCUUACCCACAACGGACCUCCGGCUCUCCAACUCCACCAAACCUCGAAACCACCAUCUGCCCCCGAAACUGCCGCUGCUCUAGGCUUUCGGAGGGAAGACGUGGCAACAGCCAUUAGGGUGCACUAAGCGGAGCACUUCCUGAGCCCUAGGACACCGAGGUGCAUUCACUGAGUGAAUGGGGAUGUGCUACUAAUAACUAGCACUAAUUGACCACCAGCUGUGUGCCCAUCCUCUUCAAACCUGCAACUUCCUUGUUCCUUACCUUGUUAUUGUCUCUUUCUCUUUGCCAGAAUGUAAUCCUCACAAGGGCAGGGUCUGGAGUCUGUUUUGUUUACUGCCAUAGCACAAUGCCUGGCACGAAAGAAGAUUCUUGAAUUAAUGAAUGAAGAUUAAAUUAUAAUUUAAGGGCCCGGUGCAGUGGCUCACGCCUAUAAUCCCAGCACUUUGGGAGGCUGAGGCAGGUGGAUUACCUGAGGUCUCUAGACCAUCCUGGUCAACCUGGUGAAACCCCGUCUCUACUAAAAAUACAAAAAUUAGCUGAGCAUGGUGGCACGCGCCUGUUGUCCCAGCUACUCGGGAGGCUGAGGCAGGAGAAUUGCUUGAACCCAGGAGGUGGAGGUUGCAGUAAGCUGAGCGCGCCAUUGCACUCCAGCCUGGGUAACAAGAGUGGAACUCCGUCUCAAAAAAAAAAAGUAUAAUUUAAAAGCCUGGCAUCAACUGAGCACCUUCUGCAUGCUUAUCACUCACUACUAACAUAUAGUUCACUUUUUUUUUCUUUCUUUUCUGUUUUUGAGACGGAGUUUCACUCUUGUCACCCAGGCUGGAGUGAAGUGACGCGAUCUCAACUCACUGAAACGUCUGCCUCCUGGGUUCAAGCGUCUCUCCUGCCUCAGCCUCCUGAGUUUCUGGGAUUACAGGUGCCCACCACCACAUCCGGCCAAUUUUUGUAUUUUUAGUAGAGAUGGGGUUCUGCCAUGUUGGGCAGGCUGGUCUCAAACUCCUGAUCUCAGGCGAUCGGCCUACCAAAGUGCUGGGAUUACAGGGGUGAGCCACUGUGCCUGGCCCACUUUUUUAUCUAGUUUGUUAUCUUACACCCCGACCAGAAUAUAACCUUCAUGGGGGCUACAGUUUGUUGUUUAUUGCCCACUUCCGUGUCCUUGCCACAUAGUAGGUUCCCAAUAAAUAUAUGUUGAAUAAUUAAAUAAAUAAAGACUACAUUCUAAUGAUAAUGGCUAACAGACCACAUGAUUUACAUAUUUAUUUGGUUUAUUGUAUUAUCUGCCUCUGCCUUUUAGAACAUAAACCUUCAAGGGGUGGCAAUGUUGAGUCCCUACUGUCUGGCAGGCACUGUGCUGGGCUGGGAUUCACAGGUGACCAAAACCGGCAAAAUCCUGCCCUCUCUCCGCCAUGGGGAGGAACUGUUAAUGGGCAUGGGGAUUCUCCUUGGGGUGAGGAAAACGUUCUAAAAUGUAGUUAUGGUGAUAGUUGCACAACUUAGUGAAUGUGCUAAAACCCGUUCAGUUGGACAUUUUAGCUGGCUGAACUUGAUGGGAUGUAAACUACAUCUCAAUAAAGCUGUUUGAGAAAUCCAGCCUUCACAAUUGUCUGCUUUGAGUGAGGAGGGAAGAAGAGACAGGGGAAGGUGGGGUGGAGGGAAAGAGAAAACAGCAUAAAUCAUGUAUAUAUAGCAUGCAAAUUGGAAGGUGAUCAGCACACAAUAGGCAUUCAAUAAAUGUUGAAAUAAUGACACCUCACUGUCUCCUUGCCCUGAAAUGGUCUCCCCUAAGGUUUCCCCAAUUGUCUUGCUUCUUCUCUUCCCACUUGCAGAAACUGCUGCCCACAUCUCUACCCUGAGCUGCCUGCUGGGGGCAUGGAGCUGCCAACAAAGUCUGGCACUUUCGACCUGGGCCUGGCCACAUGGAGCCCUACCUUCCAGGGGGAAAACCACUGGGCUCAGGCACGCUGCAGGGAUGUUGGCAGGCAGCUGCCUGAAUACAAGGCAGUGGUGGUGGGCGCGAGUGGUGUGGGCAAGAGUGCGCUGACCAUCCAGCUGAACCACCAGUGCUUCGUGGAGGACCACGACCCCACCAUCCAGGAUUCCUACUGGAAGGAGUUGGCCCUGGACAGCGGGGACUGCAUUCUGAACGUGCUGGACACAGCAGGGCAGACCAUCCAUAGGGCCCUGCGUGACCAGUGCCUGGCUGUCAGUGAUGGUGUGCUGGGCGUCUUUGCUCUUGAUGACCCCUCGUCUCUGAUCCAGCUACAGCAGAUAUGGGCUGCCUGGGGCCCUCACCCUGCCCAGCCCCUUGUCCUUGUGGGCAACAAGUGUGACCUUGUGACCACCGCUGGAGAUGCUCAUGCUGCUGCCGCAGCCCUCGCACACAGCUGGGGUGCCCACUUUGUGGAGACCUCAGCCAAAACACGUCAAGGUGUGGAGGAGGCCUUUUCCCUGCUGGUCCAUGAGAUCCAGAGAGUCAAGGAAGCCAUGGCAAAAGAAGCCAGGGCAAGUUCCUGUGUGGAGAAGACCCGGCGCCAGAAGGCCACCUGCCACUGUGGCUGCUCUGUGGCCUGAAGGUCUUGGCCAAGAAAUGUAGACCUUCCCCAGGCCAGGGUGAUUGUUGCUUGACUUGAGACCUCUGAAGCAACCAGCUUUGAGGGACACAUUCCAUAUACCAGGGAAAGAUGGACAUCUCUCUUGUUUUCACUUGGUGAGGGGCUUUUUGGUAACACAGGAGUACCUAGUGUUGCUUUUGUUAUGUGAAGUUGAGAGAUUUUGUGCAAAAUUAAA